GUGUAGUAGCUACAGUCACAUUUGAUAGCUCAGAAGGUGGCCCACAUUCGAGUAGAAACGUCGUGUUUUCGUUUUGUGCAUUGAACGCGUUUUUGUUCCUAAUUUUUUUUCUGAAUAAAUACACUUUUUUACAUAAUAACAAUAGUACUUGCACAAAAUGAGAUUAGAAUAAAAUACUACAAAGCAAUAAUUGGUUCAUUGUGUACUAAAUAAAAGCAAUUAAAUCAAGUUCAUUAAGAGUGGCGAAGUAAAGUGGAAAAUCGGGACAAAAAUCGAAAUAAAACAACAAAAUAUCAAGUGUUCGGCGAAGCACACAUUUUUAUCAUAUCGAAAAAACAACAAAAACAAAUUUACGGUGAGGGUGUGUUUGAGUUAAAUUAAAUUGACAGGAGGACGUGUUAAAUAACAGUGCAGUGUGCCGGCGGCGGAAGUGCUCUUGAACUUGACAUUUGCAUAAAAAUACGAACAAAGUGGGAAGAGAGUUUUUAAGUUUUUUGAGAAAUCGUGAGAGCGGUGUGAGAGGCUUCAACAACUGCAUUCAUUUCUGUGCAAUAAGAAGAAAAACUCUUCGUUGACAAGGAUAUUGAAUUUUGAAUAAUAUAACGCCAAACAACAACAAGAAGUAUGGAAGCACUAAGCAAUAUAUUGGCUCCUUAUAGUCAUGCACUCGCAAAAGUUGCCGGAACAAUUACAACUUUACAAUUUCUGUCCGGUGUAAUUUUGCUAAAUGACAUACGCAAAAGGGGGCGUAGUGAUGGAUAUCCCCCAGAACCAUUUCUCGGUGGUGUCGUACUUUCGAUUUUGACUUUAAAGAUGGGCACAUUGAUGGGCGAUUCUGCCACUAUUAAGGUUAAUCUUCUCGGCCUUGCCCUCAGCGCCGUUUUCUUGAGUGUAUUCUAUUGGUAUGCUUCGAGUGAACUUAGAGGGAAAAUAUUGUCGAAAAUUGGUAUUGCUGCAGCUUUUACAGUGGCCUGUUUAGCGUAUGCGACUAUUGAAAAUCCGAAAAAAAUCGAAUUCCGUUUUGGUAUGCUCAUCACUGGGAUAUUAGUAUUUUUAGUUGGAUCGCCACUAUUGCAUCUCAAUAAAAUUAUUGAAAAGAAGAGUACAGAGGGUAUGCCUUUCCCAAUUAUAUUCACUGGCACACUAGUAGCUGCGUCGUGGGCGUUGUACGGAAUUUCUAUUCAUAAUUUCAUGAUGGCUUAUCAAAAUUUAUUCUUAUUCGCGUUGAGCGCUAUACAGUUAUCGUUAUUCGUCAUUUACCCGAACUCUCCCUCAGUGUCGGAAUCUUCAGUAAAGCAUUCGCCAUCCACAUUGGAACACAAAACAUCCCAAGGAAAAACGUCAAGCCCGUCGAAAACUAGUGUUGGUAGCAAGAAGAAAAAUUGAUUAUGCCUCUAUGUAACGGAGGCUUUGCCUGCGCCUACACAUUGAUGUCGCUGAAGUAAAUAAGUGAAGGGUAUAUUGAAAAUUUCUUCUUUAAAUACAAGUAGAUAUAAAUAUCUAAAUUAGUUUAUAAUAAUAUGCUUGUGCUUUCAACAAUCUAAUUGCUAUGGCACAUUCUACUUAACAUGCAUUGCGCAUUAUUCCAAAUUUGCACCAAAAGCAAACAAUUUAUUAAUCAAUUUAUACACUUCGAUUGCAAUUUUUGACAAUAAUACAAAUCUUCCAAAUACACUUAAAGUAAAUCGUUAAACUUAUUAACAACUUAUUAAGUAUUUUAAUGUAAAAUAACAAAU